AUGGGCUAUUCAAGCAUAUUUGAAAGCCUCCAUAAUAGUGUUCCAAGGUCUUCCCCCCUCCCAACACCACAAGAGGUCAGGUCCACAACUAGUCCGUAUGCGAAACAGCUGUUCAAAGAUCAUGACACGUUAUCAAAAAUUCCUCACGACUUUAUCCACACAGAUCUAGAGCAAGCUGCUCUUGGCGACAAGAGCGGUGCGAACACAUCCGCUUUUCUAAAUGGGUACAGGAUGCUGUUCCAUAACAGAGAAAAUUCUGAUACGUAUGGCAUGCAUCCCAGUCACGGGCUCAAUGCUCUGGAGAUUCAGCAACGCAUAUGGAAUUUCCCGGUCACCUGGUGUGAAGUCAUGCUAAACGAUAUGUCUUCGUUGACUGAGGGCGAGAUAGUGUCAGAUCCUGGACCACCAACAGGCCAAGAAACUGCAUUCACUUCCCUUGAACUUAUCGCAACGGAGGCGCCGUACUAAACGCCCG